CCAUUUUUGUCAUCCUCAGUUCGAGGUGGAAUUUUCAUAUGGUCGGACGUAUUUUCUGCGCGUUGAACCAACACCCCCAAGUUGUGUGAAGAAAAAGAAUUGAAAAAAGAAGGAGAAUUCAGUGGAUUCAUUUGGGGGACCUUGGUGGUGAGGAAAGAAUCCUCUAAAGUCCCCAAAAUUGCAUUUGUGGGUGGGUUCAAAAGUGACGUGACUAAAUGGUGCUAAUUUUGGUGUUCAAUGAUAGGAUGUGAAAAAAGUGGUUGAAAAAAAAUGUAGAAAUUAAUCACAGAGUGAGCUUCCACAACAGUAUAGGCCGUAUAACCGCACACAAACCCCCAGCAAUGGCUGACGGAAAAUCCUAUUUCUGUCCAAAUGCUCGUGUCAAGUGCACCACCCACCAAAUAAUAACGUAAAUAUAAAUAAGAAUAGAAGCUCCUGGAACGCGUGUGCAAAUAAAUUGUGGCGGCAACAGUGGCAAAACGGGCAAAACAAAGAGUUAUUCCACGAGCAAUGUGCAGUGAUUUUUUUAUGGUGCACUUACAUUACACGUAGACAACAACCAAGAGGACACACUAUGGAUUCUACUGGAGACGGACAACUAAAUUUUGGAUAACGCAAACAGAAAAAGUGUGCGGAAAUGCGCUUAGGGGGCGCCCAGAGUGGCGGAGACCCCCUGGCGAUGGGUGCAGGAAGCGACUAUGCGGAGCUGUGCGAACUCCAGCCGCCACGAUGGAGCUCCCGGGGCUACCAUUCGGGGCAUGGUACGGGGCAUCCACAGCAUCCAACGCAGACAGCUGUGUCCUCCAGUUCCAGUCACAUUCGCUCAAACAGCUUCGAGGCGGAAGACAUUGUGGGUCCAUACGGCAGUACAGUGUCAAGGAUUGGGAACAGCACGAGUUCUCUGCGUGGUCGCUCCGGAUUGUACUAUUCACCACCGGGAACGUCUUACACGAUUGUGGAGCGCCCCCUUUCACCCCAUUACUACUACAAUACGGCCGGUGCACCACCAAAGGGUGGCUCCCUGCCGGGCCGUGGUACAUACUUGGGCUCUUCAGCGACGGGAUUGUCAACAGGUGGAGGAGCCGGCACUGUUCCAAAUUCAACACGCCACAAUGGCAAGAAGAGACCAAUUUCACCAGAACAAGUGAUACGUCUCUUCGGCACUACGUCCUCGUCAUCCUCUUCGGUACCUACAUCGAGUCAGUAUUAUAGCAAUGGUACACGUGAUAGAGCUGGUCGUCGUAGUCCAGCCAGCAGUCCUCCGUCGACAACACAUCAGAUAUAUCGAGACCGAGACCGCAGUGUUCCUAAUAUUCAUGAAUUAUCCACAAGAACGGUAACAAUGUCUCGUGAUCAACAACCUGAAAGUAGUCAUGGGUUUGGGAUUUGUGUUAAAGGUGGCAAGGAUUCAGGGAUUGGAGUCUAUAUAUCACGAAUAGAGGAGGGAUCUGUUGCUGAGAGAGCUGGCCUUCGACCAGGCGAUACCAUCCUAGAAGUUAAUGGAACCCCUUUUACUGCAAUAAGUCACGACGAAGCACUAAAGAAGUGUGUGCAGAUCCUGAAAUCGUCGCGCCAGAUAAGUAUGACGGUACGGUCCCCGCCUUCGCUCACCUCAUCAGCCCCACUCCAUGGAUUCGGGCCACCGCAGCGGGAGUCAGCCUAUCCGCCACCAUAUAGGCAAACCUGCUCGUGGAUGGAUCGCCAUGGGAGGCCAGCAUCGCCGCCGAUGGAGUACGGCGGGCGACGUCACGAGAGACGAGACAGGAUUCGACGCGUGGAACUGCUUAUAGAGCCGGGACAAUCUCUUGGACUUAUGAUUCGUGGAGGUGUUGAAUAUGGUCUUGGGAUUUUCAUUACUGGUGUUGACAAAGAUAGUGUGGCGGAUCGGGCUGGUUUAAUGAUUGGGGAUCAAAUUCUAGAGGUGAAUGGUCAAUCGUUCGUUGAGGUGACACAUGAUGAAGCUGUGGGGCAGCUCAAGUACCACAAGAGGAUGUCCCUGCUUGUACGCGAUGUGGGAAAGGUCCCACAUUCGUGUACAUCCGUUGAGCCAGAGCCGUGGGAUCCGUAUAGUCCAACGGGGACGCGUAGCCGACGAAAAUGUCCAAUAUCGGCAAUGGUGGAGGAGAAAGCGCGCUCCCUUUUGGCACGCCAUCACUUUGCCAGCCUUUCGUACUACAUAGCAGAGUAUGGGGCUCGUGCAAUGACCAUAGAUGCCUUUGUUUCUGUCCUCCUUGAGAUGCUUGAUACACCUGAGAAGCAUACUCUUGUAACAGAAAUUCGAGAACUCAUCUUCCCGGAAGACAGAACAAGAUACGAUGAACUCGUCUAUCGACGAGACGUCUACAGAGACUCUAUCGAUCGACACAGGCGGAAAACGGAUUUACCACAUUCACACGAACUCCCGGACUAUAAUUGUGACGAUCCCACUGUCAGAAGGGGUAGUGGGGUGCAAAUUCCUCGUUCUGAGUACGAUUCGGAUCAGGAGUUGGCCACAAAGUUAUCGCGGAGCUUCGACAUGAAGGAGGACAGUGGUGGUUUGAUGGGUGACAAAGGUGUUAGGCGGCAUCAGUCUAUGCAGCGACUGUCACUUGAGCAAAAUGGUUCAGGGGAUCCACAAAAUCCGGAUCACUGUGCCAGCGUUGUACCUGAUCAGCGAGGCAACUUGCACAUCACAGUGAAGAAGUCCAAGCCAAUUCUGGGUAUUGCAAUUGAAGGUGGUGCCAAUACGAAACACCCACUGCCGCGAAUUAUCAACAUACACGAACACGGAGCGGCCUAUGAGGCAGGUGGUCUCGAGGUAGGUCAACUCAUACUGGAAGUGGAUGGACAUAAAGUCGAAGGAAUGCACCAUCAGGAAGUUGCUCGCCUGAUUGCUGAAUGUUUUGCAAGUAGAGAGAAGCCUGACAUAACUUUCCUCGUGGUGGAGGCCAAAAAGUCCAAUAUGGAACCCAAACCUACGGCACUGAUAUUCCUGGAGGCCUAACAUUUGCUUGCCCUGCCGGCUAGCGAUCCUCGGAAUCCUGACCCACCGCAGGAGGGGAUCGAUCUUACCGUGUACCAGACCGCCAAAUAAAUCUUAAGACCAAAAUCCUCUAUUUUUUUUUGUUACCUCUCCUCUCCUCUUCCUUUCUCUUAAACUCUUUUUUUCCUUUUUACAAAUUACCUAUCUUAAAAUAUUUCUUCUUCUUCACAAAAAAGUUAAGAAUGAAACAUUGCAGUCGAAGGACGUGGGAUCUUAGACCCACAUAGUAAAAGUUACUAAAGAAAAGAAAAACAACAACAUUCAAAGUGUUGAUGAAUGUGAUGCUAAAAGAGUUUGUAAAAUGUAUGUAUAUGUAAUGUAAA